AUGAGUACCUUUGCCAGUCUGCUGAUGCUCUUCAUGCUGGGCCUCGCUCAGGCUUAUCAGGACAUGGAUGAAGAAUUCCUAGGAGACGACGAGGAGACUAUUGACAUUACCACCACAAUUCUGACCACCAACAAUGGCACAAGUGAGUUACUAAUGGAAGGAGACAUGCUGCUUCCCAAUAACAGAAAUGCCCUCAAGUGCUAUUCCAAUAGCUGCCUGUGGAGGAAAUCUUCCAACGGCUUGGUGACGAUCCCCUAUAUCCUUAGUCCUCAAUUCAGCGGCAUGGAGAGGCAGAAGAUUGAGAGGGCACUUCAGUCUUUCCACGGCAGGUCCUGCAUCCGCUUCGUCCCCCGGCGCAAUGAAUACGACUUCAUCAGCGUUGAGAACAAAGGUGGUUGCUUCGCAGCUCUGGGCAGACAGGGAGGGAGGCAGGUGGUGUCACUCAACCGUCAAGGCUGCAUCUACCACGGCAUCAUCCAGCACGAGUUCCUUCAUGCUCUGGGCUUCCAGCACGAGCAGACCAGAAGCGACCGUGACAGCUAUGUCAGAAUCAUCUGGGACAACAUCAACUCGGAGAUGGCCUUCAACUUCUACAAGCAAGACACCAACAACCUGAACACCCCCUAUGACUACUCCUCCAUCAUGCACUAUGGAAGAACAGCCUUCACCAUCAAUGGGAGAGACACCAUCGUCCCCAAUUCCGGCGCCAAAAUCGGCCAGAGGCAGGGCAUGUCCAGAGGUGACGUCGCAAGGAUCAACCUGCUCUAUGGCUGCUAA